AUUUUAUAGUAUAAAACAGUUCCUUAAUUAUGUGAAGAAUAGAGACUAGGCUGUUAUGACUUUCUUUACUUUGCUUGCUUAUUGUGAUGUGUAUAUGUAUGCAUUUUGUGGUACUCUUUUCAAUCUUGCGCUUUUUCAUAUUGUUAGAUAUUACUUCCAUGGUUUCCUAAUUGUUUUGAAAAACAAUAAUGAAUAACAAAUCUCAAUCAACCAAGGGAGAAUUAUUGCAGAAAUAAGCACAGGAUGCUGCUGCAGGGAUACAAACAAGUACAUUUACCCUAUAAGAAUUCUUACUAAAUAUUGUGGUACAGGUAGUCCUUGACUUACAACAGUUUGUUUAGUGACCAAGUUACAACAGCAUUGAAAAAAUUGACUUAUGACUCUUUUUCACACUUACAACCGUUGCAGCAUCCCCAUUGUCACAUGAUCAAAAUUUUCUUGGCAAUUCUAGUUUCUAUUUAUGAUGGUUGCACUGUCCCGGGGUUAUGUGAUCACCUUUUACGACCUUCUGAAAAGCAAAGUCAAUGGGGAAGCCAGAUUUACUUAACAACCAUUUUGCUAAUUUAACAGCUGCAGAAAUUCAUUUAAAUAACUGCAAGAAGUUGUAAAAUGGGGCAAAAUUCAAUUAAAAACUGUCUCAUUUAACAACAUAACUUUUGACACAAUUGUGGUCAUCAGUCAAAGACUGCCUGUACUCCUCCUGAUUAAUGCAAAUUCUAUGAUUACUACUUAAAGCUCACCAAAAAUUUAAAUAUCAGAUGGACUAAAAAGAUUUUAAAAGUUAGCAAUGGAUUGAUAAACAGCAGAAGCUCAAUUUAGUUUUGAUAACUAUGUAUAUAUUUGGCUAUGGUGAUCAAUGUAUAGGCAACAAGGACUCAUUUCCCAAAAUAUAUCUUCCAUAUCUUUGCUGUAAUACAGAAUGCAUGCUGAUCCCAGUCAAUUUGUAUUCUGCUUUAAUUGUCAGCCGUUUAAAGUAAACUAUUAAUGUUGCGUUGUUUAAACCACAUUUAAAGUUCAAUUGUAUUAAAAAUGUAAAUCAGCAUCUUGCUAUAUUUACAUAUCUUGCUUUUCCAAAUCUUUAUGCUAGUAUUACAGCUAUCCCUAAUGGAUCUCCACUCCUCGACUAAUGCUGCUCCUUGAUUAAAAUAAAAUGUGUGUGAAAGCUUAUGUUUAUAGAUGAUCAAAUCACUCUGACCCACAGAAGGCUUUACAGUAUCUUCUCAAGUGAAUAUAGCUCAAUAAUUUGAGUUCUUAAGACUGUAUCACUGCCUUCAAAUGCAAAUAUAUAUAUAAGCAUUCUGCUUUAGAUAUGGAAGGUCAUGAAUUUGAAGGCAAAGGGUUAAUUGUGAAGGGGUCCUUGGUGCUCUCUGAGCUUGCUUGUUUUCUUGUAGACAUUUCAUUACCCUAACUAGGUAAUAUCAUCAGUGCUAGUAAGGAGUGCUGUUUGCUGUCAGUUUAUAUUCUGGUGACUUGCUUGUCUUUGUGGGUUAAUUGUUAAGGGUUAAUUGUGUUGCCCCACUGCCUGUUGAGUUUACAGGUUUGUUAGGUUGUCCAUAUAGACAUUUAGAUAAGAAUUCAGGAUCCUUCAGAAAGCAAACUUUUUUGAUAUAUAUACUGAGAGUCAGAUUGAUAAAAGCGUUAAAGCACUUAAACAGGGAGUAGUAAGUUCGGCAUAUUCUGGGAGAAAAGGGACAAAUUGUAAUUGCUUGUUUGUGCUUUUGGAAUCCAGUUUGGGACAGCUGCUGCUGAGACACUUGUAUAAAACGGUUGUGUAAAGCGGUUAUUUUCAGUGGUGAGCUGCUGCCAGUUCAGACUGGUUCGGGUGAACCGGUAGUUGUGACCUGUGGGUGGGCCUGCCCACCUGCCCCAGCGCUAUGGCCUCCUAUUUAGCUGUGUUUUUAAGCCAUACAUGUGUGCAAGAGCGUGCAUGAGCAAGCGCAUGCGCAGAAGGCUGUGUACAUACAUGGAAGGUGCACGAGUGACGUGAGCGUGUGGGUGCACGUGUGCACAUUUUCGGUGCUGCGGUGAACCGGUUGUUAAUUCAUGUGUCACCCACCUCUUGUUAUUUUGUUGUUUUGGGUAAUAGCAUUAUUUGAUGCUGAGAAAGGGGCAACUCGGUCAGCAAUAAAGGAUUUCACUAUAAGAUAUGGAGACCAAAGGCUAUCGCAGUUAUUCAAAAAGCCUAGAUAUGGAGAGGCGCUGGAGUCAAGGUUCACAAUCUAUGGAGUACACUCCUAAAGGAGAAGAAGAACAGUCCGAAGAGAGUAAUAACUAUAUGGAGAUUGUAAAUGUGAGCUGUGUUUCUGGCACAUUUCCAAACACCCGUUCUCAAGGAAGCAACAAAGAAAAACCUGAGCUAAUUUCUUGUCUUCAUCCAGAUCAUAGUCAGCCGGCUAUUUUACCUGCUGAUAUAAAAACUGAGAUAGACUCCAAGGAACUUUCUGCAACGGUAGCUGAAUCAAUGGGUUUAUACAUGGAUUCUGUAAGAGAUGUUGAUUUUACCUAUGAUCAGCACAGCCAUCAAGGAAACUUGACUUCUGCAAAGAUGUAUCAAAAUGUGGAGCAAUUAGUAAAACUCUAUAAGGAGAAUGGCCAUCAUACUUCUCCCUUGAACACUCCAAGUAGGUCCUUGAGACCCCUAAUAUCAGACUGUGCAAGCUCUGUGAAUGGUGGCAUUGUACCAUCUAUCAUCAAAAGUCCUAGAGUGUGUCACGAGAAGAAUUCUUCGGAUUGUAGUCCUCAAAGCAUGACUCCUUCAAUAUGCAGCCCUCCUGGAAUUAGUUCUGUAUCAUCAACUACUCCUACUAACUUUGCAAAUUUCACCGUAAAUAGUCCAGUAAACCAGGGAACACCUUUGCCAUGUUCACCUAACAUUGAAAACCGAGGUUCAAUGUUACAUAGUCCUCCACAUACUAGCACUGUAGGAUCUCCUCUUUCUAGUCCUAUAAGUAGCAUGAAAUCACCUAUUUCAAGCCCUCCUAGUCAUUGUAGUGUGAAAUCUCCAGUUUCAAGUCCUAAUAACAUUACAAUGAGAUCUUCAGUAUCCAGUCCGGCAAAUAUGAACUCUAGGUGCUCUAUUGCUAGCCCUUCCAAUGCCAACAAUAGGUCCACUCUUUCUAGUCCUGCAGUAAGCACUGUGGGAUCUUCAAUGUGUAGUCCUGUAAAUGGUGCAGUGACAUUUCCAGCAUCUAGUACAUCGGUUGGACCUGGUGCAACUCAAGACAUGGUUCCUAGUCCAGAUUCAAAAGAGAAUAAAGGUGCUUCUGAAAUUGUAUUUCCUAAAAUAGAGGAAAUAGAAAAUGCCAUCCCUAUCAAUGAAGUAGCUAAUCAGAUGACUGUUGCUCAGUUUAUAAAACCUGAACCAGAUGGGAUAUUUAGUAGCUCAUGUCUUGGAGAAAAUAACAAAAUCAAUUCUGAUUCCCCAUUUUCAGUAUCAAUAAAGCAAGAAUCUGCUAAACAUUCUUGUUCUGGUGCUUCUUUCAAAGGGAAUCACAUUGCAAAUCCCUUUCCAUUUAUGGAUGGAUCGUAUUUUUCUUUCAUGGAUGAUAAAGACUACUAUUCUCUUUCCGGGAUUUUAGGACCACCUGUUUCAUCAUUUGAUGGCACAUGUGAAGCUAGUGUGUUUUCAAAUUCAGGUCUAUCUAUAGGAAUUAAACAGGAGCCUGAAGAGAACAACUAUUAUCAAGAGAGUACUCUACCUUCCUCUGCCAUUGUUGGAGUGAAUUCUGGCGGACAGUCAUUUCACUAUAGGAUUGGUGCUCAAGGCAGAAUAGCUUUAUCACGGCCUGUUGGUAGAGAGCAGCCCUUUCAGCAUAUGAGCUCAUUUCCUCUAGUGGAGUCAUGGAAAUCACAUUCUGAGUUGUCUGGCAGAAGAAGUGAUGGGUAUCCAGUUCUAGAAUACAUUCCAGAAAAUGUAUCAAGUUCAUCAUUGAGAAAUGUUUCAACUGGAUCUUCAAGACCUUCUAAAGUGUGUUUGGUGUGUGGAGAUGAAGCAUCCGGAUGCCAUUAUGGAGUAGUGACAUGUGGCAGUUGCAAAGUCUUCUUUAAGAGAGCAGUGGAAGGUAAAUCCUCAUGGCAGCACAAUUAUUUAUGUGCGGGACGGAAUGACUGUAUAAUUGACAAAAUUAGAAGAAAAAACUGUCCAGCUUGCAGAUUACAAAAGUGUCUUCAAGCUGGAAUGAAUUUAGGAGCCCGGAAGUCGAAAAAAUUGGGCAAGUUAAAAGGUAUCCACGAAGAGCCACCUCAGCAGCAGCAGCAGCAGCCACCACAAAGCCCAGAAGAAGGGGUUACAUAUAUUGCUCCAGCAAAAGAACCUUCUGUGAACACAGCACUUGUUCCUCACUUAUCUGCAGUUUCACCAGCACUUACUCCCUCGCCUGCUAUGGUUCUAGAAAACAUCGAACCUGAAAUUGUAUAUGCAGGAUAUGAUAGUUCAAAACCAGACACAGCAGAACACCUGCUCUCCACUUUAAAUCGUCUUGCUGGCAAGCAGAUGAUUCAGGUGGUAAAAUGGGCAAAGAUCCUCCCAGGAUUUAGAAACUUGCCUCUUGAGGACCAAAUUACUUUAAUACAGUAUUCUUGGAUGUGUCUAUCGUCGUUUGCCUUGAGCUGGAGAUCAUACAGGCAUACAAAUAGCCAGUUUCUUUAUUUUGCUCCUGACUUGGUCUUUAAUGAAGAAAGGAUGCGGCAAUCUGCAAUGUUUGAAUUAUGCCAAGGAAUGCACCAGAUCAGCCUUCAAUUUGUUCGUCUGCAGCUUAGCUUUGAAGAAUACACCAUAAUGAAAGUUUUGUUGCUGUUAAGCACAGUUCCCAAGGAUGGCCUCAAGAGCCAAGCUGCAUUUGAAGAAAUGAGGGCAAAUUACAUUAAAGAACUUAGAAAAAUGGUAACUAAACAUCCAAACAAUUCUGGGCAAAGUUGGCAGCGAUUUUAUCAACUGACAAAGCUCCUGGACUCUAUUCAUGAUCUUGUUAGCGAUUUGCUGGAAUUUUGCUUCUACACCUUCCGAGAGUCUCAAGCACUCAAAGUGGAGUUUCCAGCCAUGCUGGUAGAAAUCAUCAGUGACCAGUUACCCAAAGUGGAAUCUGGGAAUGCCAAGCCCCUCUACUUCCACAGGAAGUGACAGAACAUGUCUUAAUGGAAAAAAAAGUAAACUUUGCCUUAAGUUCCCCUGCGCUAUUCCACACCCAUGAAGGAGUCAAGAAGCCACAUUUAAAGUGCGCUAUUCAAAAUCGUUCAACAGUGUCUCAGUAGUCUAAAGACAAUAUGAAGGUUCGGAGAACGGAAAACAAGCAUCUUAUAUGAACUUGGUAAGACAAAAUAGCCAAGAUGUUUAUGAACACCAGGCCACCCCAAAUACUCCCAGCAUUUAAAAAAAAGAAAAAAGAAAUAUUCCUGUUCCUCUGGAUGAAAAGCCAUAUCUAGUCAAAUAACUCCUUGAUUUUGAUAUAUUAACAGAAGAACAUUUUAAUUAUGUCAUGUAGUUUCUGGUAUUGUUUGCUUGUUUUAAAAGGGUUUAAGAACUAUUAUGAACUUUUAAAAAGCUUACCAUUGGUUUGCACAUAAAUAAAGUCAAUAUGGGGCAUUAAUUCUUGUACUAUACACAAACACACACACAUAUGUAGAAACAAAUCAAAUUCCUGGAUAUGUAACAUAGAUAAUGGAACAUUUUGGUGUGGAAUAAUCUUGGUAUAUUCACUUGCGGCAUUUGUUAUCCCAUGUUAUCCAUCAUAGAUGAUCUACACUGUGUUAAGUGUUCAUUUAUUAUUUAACUUGAAAGGAUAAGAUGUUAAAACAAAUGCCUCAGUUUCAAUUUAUAGUAUAUUGUGCUGGCUUUACCAAUAAUUUUUUGCAGUCUUUUGCUGUACUGUACAAUGCUGUAUGUAUAAAUUGAAGGACCUGAAACAAAUGGUAUAAGGAACUUUUGUAAAUGAGACCUAAAAUCUUUAAUGGUUAAUAGGAUGAAUGGGAAAGUAUUUUUGGAAGAAUUCUAUUUUGCUGGAGACUAUUUAAUUACUCAUUUUUGUCUAAACACGAGGGGUUUUUUUCUUUUUCUUUUUUGUAAAGUGAAUUGUUCUGCAUGCAUAAUGAACCGUUUACAGUGUAUUUAAGAAAGGGAAAGCUGUGCCUUUUUAGCAUCAUAUCUAUCUCACAAUGUCUGUUGUAAAUAAUCACCCGUAAUUGUUUCCAGUUGUUCUUUUUCCAUCCAACUUCCUCAGCAUUUGUCUACUACUUUUUACAUCCUUUGAGCACAAUGAGUCUGCUUCAAGCCUCUUGCUGUGUUUGCAGCUUUAUACACAUUUUAUCUAAGAUAAACGUUAACAGGGAUCGACUCCAUCAAGACAUGAUUUUCUACAUGUUCCAUUAAAGCUAAUAAAGCUGUGCAGAUAAUUGGGUUCCUAUUUCACUGGAGCCUGCUUAAGUCAGCUAUAUGGUGAGUUGUGCCCAGUUUGUUUUUUUUCUCAAAGACUGUCAUCUCGGGAUCAAAUGAGAUUCUGCUCCCCAACCUGUUCACGGUCAUGGUCCUACACAAAGGCAAAUCUAAACAAGACUCUCUCAAACACAUUGCCCUCCAAGUGAAGUUUCAUUAACAGUUCAAAACCCUACAGAGUAUAGUGAUCUGCUCAUUUUGGGGUUGUUUAAUUUUAUAUCAAAAUUGUGGUUAAAGAACUUUGUUUUUCCUUCCUUUGAAAACUGGGAUCAAUGUAUAUUGCCAAAAGUGUGGACCACAAAUCUGAGUAUAUAGGUGGAAAUAAAAAUCAUCCCACAUCCUAGACACAUUUAGAAUGAUAAUAACAAUAGGGGCUAUUUAACGCUAUUUAUUUUUAGGCAAGUCAAUAACUCAGUAACUGUAUAGGAUUGUGAUUUAACUACUCUUAAAAUGAGCCCUAAAAUAGACAAUUUUCAAAAUCUGGAUCUCUCUCAAAACUAUGUUACGGCAACAGUUUCUUUCUUGUGAUGAUCAAUACUAUAUAUCAUAUGAAUAAUUUAAAUAUGUAGCAUAAUUAUUAAAACAACCUACGAUAAUUGAUAUUACAUACAAUAAUUGUCAGUUAUCUUCGUCUAAAACAAAGUCUAGAUAACUUCUUUGAGAAAAAUAAAGGAUCUUUUAGGUUGAAAUCCUAUGUAUAAUUAUUUGAGAAUAAGUCCCAGUGGAAUUAUUUAUGCUUAACACCAUGUAAUUAAUAACCAAAUCUGGGAUCCAAAGGGUUUUUUUAGGCGUGCUUAAAGUUUGGGUAUGUUCCUUGGAACCUGCUGCAAUUAAUAGCAAAUUUAAUGUACAAACUAUUUUUUAAAAGCACUGUUUUAAAAACGGUUAUGGAGCAUACAUAGCAGCCCAAGUAAUUCCUUGGAUCCUAAUAAUUCAUAAAAUUUUUGAAACUUGAACAGGUAUUUGCAUUUCCAUCUUGCCUCCAUAAAAUUUAAAUAAAACCAUUGCAAGUAGAUUUCUCAAACCAGUUUCCCGGUGCAUCCCCAAAUCUCUCUAAGGAUCCUCCUCACCUGAACCAGCUUUAUAGGGGAAGGGAAAAUCUGAUCUGCUGAUCUGCCAGUAUUGUUAAUUCCAGUGGUAGACAAGCAGAACUGAAUUCAAUUCAACUUGAUCUUUUUGAGCCAUACAGUUUUCUGAAUGAGAAUCUAUGGAAACAGAAGAACCAAGAUAUACAUUACACAGCCAUAUAUUGGGUUGAAUCCUGACAAUACUAGCUGAACUUAAUUCCAGCUGAAAUGAAUGCAAUUUAAUAAAUUCAUUUGCAGUUUUGAAACUCAAAAUUCUUUAUCAACUCUUUGGAUUGCACAGCAAUAUGAAACUGAAUUUCUACAGUGACAAAAAUAUAGCAUGCAACAUGAUCGUUUAUAUUAAAUAUCCUUUUUAUUAAGUUUUUUUUAAAAAAAACUUACUGAAAUUGGAAUUUUAAAUUAUCCAGGUUUGUGGUAAAUGAUGCAGCUGUUUUUUUAUUAGCAAAGUUACUAAAUAUUUUUCUAUCUCCAAGUAACUUUGCUUGAUUAAAAUAUUAAAGCCAUAUUGUUUUCUUUUUUUAAAUCCACUGGUAGAUGUCAGUUGUCUGGUUACUCUUAUUUUUUGUACCUUAUUGCAUUUAAUUGUGGUACAAUUCAUAAAUCUCAGAACUGUCAUGAAUAAAACACUAAAUUAGUUUUAAAACAAUUUAUAACUUUAUGCAAAAUAGCUAUCUUUGCAGGAAAAGUAUGCAGAUUAUAAUAAAUUCUUUAAUCACCUGUUCAUGAAACCAUUGAUUAUUGCUUAGAAAUCAUUAAAAUGAACUUCAAAUGAAAGGAAGGUAUCAGGAGUACAUUAUAUUUUAGAAGGAAAUAGAUAUUUGUCUCCUGCAAAAUAAGAUAAACAACUUCAAAAUGUGAAAAUAAUUGUGUUGAUUGAGUGUAAUGAUUUUGUGGCAAUGACUGAAAUUAUACAGCAAGAACACUGUAUUUAUAUAAAUGUAAAAUAGUUUUAAUUUACUGCAGUGUGUAUUUCAAGAAUAAUAUUGCAUUGCAGUGUGUAACCAUUCUGUUGCACAGAACAAAACUGAAAAAGGACUAAAAGCUUGCAAUAUCAAAACCUUAAAAUAAAAUAUACUUUAUAAUCAAUAAUGCAAAAAUCUAAUCACAGGGUGGUAUUUUCACUGACUUUUAGAAACCUUUCGGAAUUUAAACCAUUCUACAUUUAAUGCACUUUUAAUUGUCUAUUAAAGAUGUGACAUUUUUGAUAGAGGGGAGAAAGAAAGAAGGAAGGGUGCAAUUUUAUCUGGCAGAUGACUAACUUGUUAGGUAGCAGUUAUAAUGCCAGGGUUUUCAGAGUAAUGUUUCAAAGUUCAUAGAGCUGAAGAGCACAUUAUACCAAGAACUUAGCACUUGUGCAGGAGUUGUUCUUGGUGGUUGUGUCCUAUUAUUACUGGAUGAAAAAAAAGCAGCCAGCACUACAGUAUAAAACAGCAACAUCUAUGCAUAAUGAUGCAUUAAUAAUUAGGAGCUUGCUUCUGUAUGUUUAAACCUUUUGAAUAAAUACAAAAUUACUGUU